GCCUUCCCUCCACUAACCGUGUCCCCUCCCCACAAGCAACACGGCUUCUCCUCCUCAGCGCUGCGACAGGGGCUUCCCCUCAACCUCAGCCGACGCCGGCCGAGCACAGCCGCGCCCGCGGCCCGCGGCCGCCAUGCAGUUUAUGUUGCUUUUUAGUCGUCAGGGAAAGCUUCGACUGCAGAAGUGGUAUGUCCCACUGUCAGACAAAGAGAAGAAAAAAAUCACAAGGGAACUUGUUCAAACUGUUUUAGCACGGAAACCUAAAAUGUGCAGCUUUCUUGAGUGGCGUGAUCUGAAGAUUGUUUACAAGAGAUAUGCUAGUCUGUAUUUUUGCUGUGCUAUUGAGGAUCAGGACAAUGAACUGAUUACCUUGGAAAUAAUUCAUCGUUACGUGGAAUUACUUGACAAGUAUUUUGGCAGUGUGUGUGAACUUGAUAUCAUCUUUAAUUUUGAGAAGGCUUAUUUUAUUUUGGAUGAGUUCCUUUUGGGAGGGGAAGUUCAGGAGACAUCCAAGAAAAAUGUCCUCAAAGCAAUUGAGCAGGCUGACCUACUGCAGGAGGAAGCCGAAACCCCACGUAGUGUUCUUGAAGAGAUUGGACUGACAUAACUCUCCUCCCUUGUUGAUGACUUCUUGUGGCAUUUCACACACUGUAGAUGGUCACUGCCUUCAUGUCCAUGUUAGCUAAUGGUGUAAGAUGAUGUCUUCUCAGUAUUACUGUUACGCUAAGCUGCUUCAUUCAGGCCUACCCAGUGUUUUUUUUAAAGGGAACUUUGGUUAACCAAUUCAUAACUUAGGAGACUUAAACAGGAAUUAGAGUGAUACAGAAAAGGAAAGGUCCCUGGAUAUUUUAAGGUUUAUAGGUGUGUUUCUCUUAAUCUGAUUAUACCCGUGAAAAUGACAAUCAGGCAAUAUACAUUUAUUAAAUACUGUCUUUGGCAAAGGAAACUUACAAAACCAAAGACCGGUACACUUUAUGUGAGAAUAAAGGGAAUUGACAUCAUAUAUCAAAUAAGUAAAAAUUUAACACUAUGUUGAAACUUUAAAAACGAAAUUAUACCAAGGACCCUUACUGGAAACUACAUACCUGAAAACAAAGGGAACAACUAAAUUGGAAUUGUUUUACACAUUUCUUUGGCAUUCUAAACCUGGGAUGAAGAGCAAAGAUUGGCUAUUUCAUAAUAGUGAGCAUGUUAUUUUUAAGGCCAAGUUAACAUUUGACUCCUGAGAUAAAUUUUUGGUGUUCCUAAUCAAUUAGCCACUUUGUUGGAUUGUUUUUGAGGCCCCCAAAUGGAAAUGUUGAUUUACCAGGGAAUUCUUCAUGACAGAGUCCUACAGAAAAUGCAUUCUGCUCUUCACAAAGCAUUGCCUAAGUCAUUUAAAGCACUAAUGUUCCUUCCGGGGUGCUUGUUGCAGCCAAAUUUACUUCGCUCACCUCUAUUGCUUCCCUCCACUUAGAAGUGCUGCAGACUUUAGGGGCAGCUUCCUGCCCUUCCAUGGCAUUCUCUAGUUAUGGGAAAUCUUGCAGAAAUAAAAACAUACCACCUUUCGUAUAAAAGUGAGCUGAAUGAGGUAAAAUGGCAUUAGUGGGCCCUAUAUUUUUAAAAGCUGUUUCAAUGUCACUUUUAUACAUACUCCAUAUAUAAACAUGUCUUCACAGUUUACACUUUCAUUUGUACCUGCUGGGCUGGAUUAAGCUUUGUUGUGAUAGUGACCAAUAUUCAGGCCACGUGUGCAUUGUCUUAUCACAUCGCCAAUUAGUUGUAAUAAAUGUUCAGUGUACACCACUGUAGUGUGUUUUUAUCUCUUUCCAAAAGCUUGUCAAACAAACUAUGGAGAGCUGCUAAAGGAAAAAUUUUAACUUUUUUUCCCCAGUAAAAUGUUGAAAAUUCAUCUCCAUUUGAAUGUGGUGGUUGUUAAAAGCACACACAUACUUCAAGUUCAUUAAAAAAUCAUGUGGAUUCCAUGCUACUGAGAGCUAAUCUACACAUUUAUUUUCAAUCAAUAAAUGCUGCUUUUAAAACCUGA